AUGGGAAGCAGUGAUUUCAUUGUUAGGCAAAUGAGAAUCGUUAAUAAUAUUAAACCUUUUGUGAAACGUGUGGACACAGUGGCCGCCGAAUGGCCCGCAACUACUAAUUAUCUAUAUUUGACUUAUAAUGCGUGCAAUACUGACAUUGAGUGCAGUAGCGGAGGAGUUAUGGUUUUAGGAAGUGGUGUCUAUCGUAUUGGCUCUUCAGUUGAGUUCGACUGCUGUGCCGUUGGAUGUGUUCAGGAACUCAAAAAGAUGAACAAAACAACAAUUAUGGUCAACUGCAACCCCGAGACUGUGAGCACAGACUAUGAUAUGUGUGACCGAUUAUAUUUCGAAGAAAUUUCUUUUGAGACAGUUAUGGAGAUCUACGACAUCGAAGCGCCGGAAGGGAUAAUCCUAAGUAUGGGCGGACAACUGCCUAAUAAUAUUGCGAUGGAUUUAUUCGGACAAAAAGUGCGAAUAUUAGGCACUUCUCCCGAAUCAAUAGAUAACGCGGAAAAUAGAUUCAAAUUUUCCCGAUUAUUGGACAGUAAAGAAAUCGGUCAACCGGUUUGGGAACUCGUCUCUGAUAUCGAAACGGCCAAAAAAUUUUGUCUAAAGAACGGCUAUCCGUGUAUUGUUCGGCCAUCAUAUGUACUCUCGGGUGCGGCCAUGAAUGUCGCCAAUUCUGCCAGAAAUUUGGAAAACUAUUUGAAAGAAGCGACGGCUGUUUGUAAUGAACAUCCGGUGGUUAUAUCGAAAUUCAUAACCGAAGCAAAAGAGAUAGAUGUGGACGCAGUGGCACAGGACGGACAACUCAUAUGUAUGGCUGUGUCAGAGCACGUGGAGAACGCUGGCGUCCAUUCGGGUGACGCCACUCUUGUCACUCCACCGCAAGACUUGACGAGCAAAACGUUGGCCAACAUUAGGAAG